GGAACUGCAGAUGAUCUGCCACCAUCCUCUGCUGGCAUUCGUGGAUGACUUUGGCAUAGGAGCUGGGAUGCAGGUACUUCCGACACCUCAUCUCUUCAUCUUUCAACCGCCCCAAAACCUGGAGGAAGAGAAUGGUGGAAAAGAAAAGGGCUCAGGGGAGAAAUCAGAGUAAUCAGCAACCUCAGUCGGGGCCUGCCAGAAUGAACCUGAUGAUGACAGUCACAGAAGAGAAAUAUCGGCCAGGUGCACCUGUGCCCUGCAUUCAAACACCUGUUUACCAGCAGACCAGCCUCCAGAACCAGUACUGUGGGGUUUUUCAUGGCGCUCCUGUCAAGUCCGUGGCUGAGACGACACAGAAGCUGUUUACGACCAUGACCAGCACACAAACACCACAGCUUCAAUCAAGCGGCUUUCAAUAUUACUGCAAGGAAAACUGUUGUAUGCCCCCACUGUCAGUCCGGUUUUCUCAAGAAGAUCCCUUCAGGUUCCAACCUAGUGGGACACAGAACCUGCCCUCUUCGGCCGUGAGCUGCCCACAAACACCACAACCUCUACCAAGAAGGCUUCAGCACGACACGGAGACAUUGGACUGCCUGCAGAAGAACAGUAAGCCAGCAUUGCCAGGAACCUCAGAUGACAUGACAGCCAGCCAGCUGUGCAACACCAGCUCAAGCCUCCCACAGGGGGUGGCCAAUAUAUCCGUGGGGUCGGCAGGGGCCAGCGCCCAAAGCAACCUGAAACGUGCUAAAGGCAAUUUAGAAAAGAAGGAGCUUCGCUUGAUGAAGAACAGGGAAGCCGCCCGGGAGUGUCGACGAAAGAAGAAGGAAUAUGUCAAAUGCCUCGAAAAUCGCGUGGCUGUACUCGAAAAUCAAAACAAGACUUUGAUUGAGGAGCUUAGAGCCUUAAAAGACAUCUACCGGCACAAAGUCAAGUGAUUUCUUUGAUUGUGUGGACUGUGUUGUUCUGCUUCUGUAGGGUGUCUUGAGGACUCUGGCUUUGCUUAUACAGACACACACACACACACACACGGACGCUCACACACACACUCACACAAAACACUCCUUGUCCUUGCUGUAAAAUGUGUUUACACCAUGAUGUCAAUGUUUCUUGCUGUGAUUAUCCAAAGCGCCACCACCAGCAAAAACAAGAACCUUGUUUCAGGUCAGGGUUUUUAUUAUCAGGGAGUAUUACAAGGAGCUUUUGUCCCUUUGAACAGGGAUAGUGCCAGAAAAUACAGGAAUAGAAGGAAGGACUAUAUGGACCAACUGCAGACUCGCAUCAUCUUACUGGAAAAUGAGAACGAGAUGCUGAAGGCCGAGCUGGAGUGCUUGAGGCCAUACUACCUAUAUCUGUCACAGAGGCCUUCACAGUCCCCAACUUAACUGAACUGCAUUUUACAUUCCUAAUGAUCCUUUUCAGCAUUUGGCUGUAAAGGCUGUAUAAAAAUAUAUAAAUUGAUAGUGUUUGUGGUGGUCUGUUUUUUCUGCUACUAACCUGUGGCAUUAAUAUUUAUGUGGAACUGUAUUAACUUACUGUUUUAACUACGUUUUUUUGCUUCGUCUCAGUAUACAUGGCUGGAUUUAGAACUUUUUAACAAUCUUUUCUGUUGGUUCUUUAUUUCUCCUCCGUAAGUUAACACCUUAGCCGGUGGCUUGCUAUAAUCACACCAUCAAUCAAACGUCUACAUAUUUGUAUGUAUUUGUUUUAAUAAAUUCCUUGCUCAGUC